ACAGAGCAGUGUCUGUCGAGGGGGAAGCAGCCUGGGGUAUGUCCUCGGGAAGUUAACAUCAACAGCAGUGGCAGAAAUCAGGCCGCGGUGCUGCACCGAGAGCAACAGGAACACCCUGUCGCCGUCUGCCUCCACACCCACCCCGUGGAGCUGCCCCCUCCUCUCCGCCCCUCCUGCGGUUGUUUCACGCCGCUGUCUGGCCGCAGCAGUCCGGCUGGAACAUCCCCGAUGCACCGCGGCGGCUGCCAGCAGAGCGCCGGGAGCCUCCCACCCACCACACGGUGCAAUGCAACACGGGCUAGUGCUUCCAGGGUGUCCCGCUACAGCUAACGGAGCUUUUUAAAUACUUACGAAGGUAAAAAAAAAAAAAAAAAAGCCAUGACAUGUCGAGUCACAUCUGGGGCCUCUGCUCGGAUGUUUUCUGCUAACUCUCGACCGCUGGUUCAUGUUUCUUCCGUUCACUUUUAAGAAGAGCUGCCCCCGGAUUAACUCGCGACAUUCUGCUGCUGCGGCUUAUUUAUUUAUUGUAUGGAAAUCUUCGGGAAUUGCAAGACAUGUUAACGCAUGAAAGCGGGAGAAAAAUAAGGAUUUAUUUUGGCUCAGACAACUAGAAGGAAUCACAGGAGCCCAUAGGGUACCACCGGUUGAACAGAGCCUUUUAUUGAUACCGUUACAUGAGUUAUUUUCCCGUGAAGUGGUUGUGGUGAAAGGUCAGGUUCUUUCAUUGUGAGUGGCCUAAUUCACUCUUUAAAGUUUCAAGUAGGAUACUGGGAGCGUUUCAUCAACAUGGUCAUCUUCAACGGGCAGCUGAAGAUCAAGAUCCGCGAGGCUCUGGACCUCAAGCCCACAGCCUGGUCCCUACGUCACGCCGUCGGCCCCAAAACCCAGACGUUCCUCCUGGACACGUACAUCGCCCUCAACGUGGACGACUCCCGCGUGGGUCAGACCUCCACCAAGCAGAGGACCAACAGCCCCGCGUGGAAUGACGAGUUCACCACGGAGGUCCACGACGGCCGCAGGAUCGAGCUGUCCGUCUUUCACGACGCGCCCAUUGGCUACGACGACUUCGUGGCCAACUGCAUCAUCCAGUUUGAGGACAUCCUGCACAACGGGAGCAAGCACUUCGAGGACUGGAUUGACCUGGAGCCAGAGGGGAAGGUGUAUGUUGUCAUUGACCUAUCAGGAUCUUCCAGUGAAGCUGCUCCGGGCUCCACAGAGAAUGAGGAGCGAGUGUUUCGGCAGCGGAUGCGUCCCAGGAAGCGCCAGGGUGCCGUCCGUCGGAGGGUCCACCAGGUCAACGGACACAAGUUCAUGGCCACCUACCUGAGACAGCCCACCUACUGCUCCCACUGCAGGGACUUCAUCUGGGGGGUCUUAGGAAAGCAGGGAUACCAGUGUCAAGUGUGUACCUGUGUGGUCCACAAGCGCUGCCAUGAGCUGAUCAUCACAAAGUGUGCAGGCAUGAAGAAGCAGGAUGACACAGUCGGAGAGCAAGUCGGGUCCCAGAGGUUCAGCGUCAACGUUCCGCACAAGUUCAGCAUCCACAACUUUAAAGUUCUCACCUUCUGUGACCACUGUGGCUCUCUGCUGUGGGGUCUGCUGCGACAGGGACUGCAGUGUAAAGUGUGUAAAGUGAAUGUACACAGGCGCUGCGAGAGUAAUGUAGCUCCUAACUGUGGCGUGGACGCAAGAGGGAUCGCUAAGGUCCUCUCUGACCUCGGUGUCACACCAGACAAGAUCUCCAACAGCGCCCAGAGACGGAAAAAGCUUCCUCAGGGUCAGGAUCCUGUGCAGCCGUUAUCAGGGACGCGUAAGACGGAAGUCGAUCGCUCCAAGUCGGCCCCCACCUCCCCGUGUGACCAAGAUGCGAAGGAGCUGGAGAACAUCCGGAAGGCCAUGUCGUUUGACCACCGGGGUGAGGAGCACAAGAAACACUCCCUCUCCUCCACGUCAUCUGUUGCUACAGUAACAGAGGAAAGUCAUGGAGAAGGAGGAGGAGGAGGAGGAGGAGGAGGGGGGGAGGGAGACAGCAUUGGGACCAAGGGUGUAGGAAGCAGUGAGAACGGAGAUGUCAAAGGUCAUAUCACUCCUGAAAUGAAGAGGAUGAAGCUGCACGACUUUUUGUUCAUCAAAGUUCUGGGAAAAGGAAGCUUUGGAAAGGUGAUGCUGGCCGAGCUGAAAGGCAGCGACGAGGUUUAUGCCGUCAAAGUGUUGAAGAAAGACGUGAUCCUGCAGGACGACGACGUGGACUGCACCCUGACUGAGAAACGGAUCCUCGCCCUGGCCAGAAAACACCCAUACCUGACACAGCUCUUCUGCUGCUUCCAGACUAAGGACCGGUUGUUCUUCGUGAUGGAGUACGUCAAUGGAGGUGACCUGAUGUUUCAGAUUCAGCGAUCGAGGAAGUUCGACGAAGCUCGAUCUCGUUUUUACGCGGCUGAGGUCACAUCAGCGCUGAUGUUCCUGCACCGGCAUGGAGUCAUAUACAGAGAUUUGAAAUUGGACAACAUAUUGUUGGAUGCGGAGGGUCACUGUAAGCUAGCAGACUUUGGGAUGUGUAAGGAGGGAAUCCUCGAUGGAGUCACCACUACCACUUUCUGUGGAACGCCCGACUACAUCGCACCUGAGAUCCUUCAAGAGCUGGAGUAUGGCCCGUCAGUUGACUGGUGGGCUCUUGGGGUGUUGAUGUAUGAGAUGAUGGCGGGCCAGCCACCGUUUGAAGCCGAUAAUGAAGAUGACCUGUUUGAGUCCAUCCUCCAUGACGACGUCCUCUACCCUGUCUGGCUCAGCAAGGAGGCUGUGUCUAUUCUAAAAGCGUUCAUGACUAAGAGUCCUAACAAACGUUUGGGCUGUGUGGUGGCUCAGGGUCUGGAGGAAGCCAUUAAACUCCAUUCAUUCUUCAGAGAGAUCGACUGGACGCUGCUGGAGCAGAGGAAGAUCAGACCGCCAUUCAAACCACGCAUCAAAACCAAAAGGGAUGUGAAUAACUUCGACCAGGACUUUACACGGGAAGAACCCAUCCUGACGCCGGUCGACAACAACAUCAUCAAGCAGAUCAACCAAGAUGAGUUUAAAGGAUUCUCCUACUUCGGAGAUGAGACUGUGGCCUAGACCCAAACACACUGACACAUACACUUAAAACAUCUGUACACUCAACAUAAGUGAGUAAGGAAACUGUACUCUUGUAACUGCUCCAGGUUUCCGACCACUCCAGGAAUUAUACUACACCGUUCGUAUCUCUCUUUAGGGUCUCUGUGCUCUUGUUGUUUGUACAUCUGUGUAUAUCCUAUCAAAAUAUCUUCUCAAGCAGCAUGCGAGUGCAGGUUAGAAACUGUAAGUAAUGAAACAAUAGUCCUUCACUUGGUCUGGUUGGAGUGUGUGUGUAUAUGAGAGUGAGAAAUGACGUGUGUACAAGUGUGCAUUCAUGUGUAGCUGUAUACCUCUGGAAAAGAGUAAGACUGUCAUUUCUUUACUUGAUGUGAUGUACUGUAUCCUGUGUCAUUCUCUGUGUUUAAAGAAUGUUCUAUCUUCCCAACAAUUGUAUGUGAAUGGAAAAAAAAAAAUGAACCAAUGAUUGUAUUUAAAGAAAAAACGUUUCGAAAAAGUUCAUUCACUAUUGAAGUGCGAUAAACCGAAGAUGUUUUCCUGAUGAAAUCAUCAUGAUGAGAGUAGAUGUUUUAUCAUUAGAGUACAAUUGCAAUUUCAAUGUCAACUUGAGAAGAUGCACCAAAAAAAGCGCCAAUUUGGCAUUUUUCAUUUUAGUUGAGUUUUAUCUCAGUGGUUAUUUUUAAUGCACAGAAAAGGUUUAGUUGUCUUUUCCUUUUAGCCCCACAUUUAAGCUUGUUUUUUUUAACACCUUAAUGAUCCCAUUCAUCAUUAAAAAUAACUAAUGGUAGCAUUAGCCACCGCUAACAAAACAUCAGAAGAUGACCACUGAGGCAUCCAGAGUUGUAUCAGGGUAUACACUUUAAUCUGAUUCUCUUAUUAAGACAGUUGUCCAAUGAAACUAUGGCAACCUAAAAUAAAAAUUCAAGAGAGCCCUUUAAAAA